UUGUCCCUUAGCAUCCACGCAAUUUUUACUUAGUAACCACGCACACCGAUGUUUCCUCGUGAUUUGUGUUGGAUUUUGUUUUUCCCUUUAUUUGUUGUCAUUUUGUCAAGUCUUCUAAUACUUUUUUACUAUAGACAGUUAAGACUCCAAAAAGUCAAGAAAUAUGAAUUUAAUAACAAAACAGUCCUUGUCAUCACUGCUCAUCCAGAUGACGAGUGCAUGUUUUUCUCGCCCUCCAUUUUGAAUUUGCCACGGUUCUGCACAGCACAUGUACUGUGUCUCUCUACAGGUAAUUAUUACCAACAAGGAAAUAUACGAAAGCAGGAAUUGUUUUCAAGCUGCAGGAUUCUGGGAAUUCCAUCCAGUCAUGUGACUGUAAAAGAUCAUCAUUCUCUUCCUGAUGACCCCAAUGUUGACUGGGAUACCAAGAUUGCCAGCCAGAUAAUUGCUGAUCACAUCAAGCACAAUCAAUUUCAAGUGGUCAUAACUUUUGACUCUUAUGGGGUGUCAGGUCAUUCAAACCAUAUUGCCAUCUACAAAGCAGUGAAGAGAUUGAAAGAUAAUGGACUCCUUGAAGAUGUUACAGUUUAUGUUCUCAGCAGCAUUAGCAUAUUGAGGAAAUACAUUUCACUUUUGGAUCUCCCAUUCAGUGUCUACUCUCAGCAGAUGUUUCUCUCAAGCCCACAGGAUAUUAUUUUAGCACAGAAGGCCAUGUAUGCUCACAGAAGUCAAUUGCUGUGGUUUAGGAGGCUGUACAUCCUAUUUUCCAGGUUUAUGAUGAUCAACACACUCCAAGAACUAAAGUGAAGAAGGCUAUAAUCAACAGAAGAAAUUCUGCACUAAUUUAAUACUUUGGUCACUUGCAGCUCAUAGUUUGAAAGCUGUUUUCCAAUAGUCAACAACUUCACUUUUGUCUAUUUUCAACAUUGAUAUGGCAAUGACCAUUAAACAACAUGUAAUCAACCAGGAUAUAACAUUAUUGCCUUUACAUAUCAGAAUAAAAUGUACACUAAAGGAUAAUGACCUUAUUAUUCAACAUGGUGUCAACAGCAUCUUCCUUACCAUGUCCCAUAACAUUUCAUUGUGUUUGAACUGUCACUCUAAGCAAAAGAUACUGUUUUAACUUUUAUGAGCGUAGAUUAAAUAAAUGCCACUAUAAUGUGUUUAGCAGUCA